UGUAUCAAAAUAUUAUGGCGUCAUGUCUGAUGCCACUUGUUGGAAACGUGCGAUUUCUCAAGACAUUGUUGCAAUAAUAAAUGUGUCCGUAAUUAGAAAAAUAAUAGACAUUGUAGAUAACAGACAUCAUUAUAUAACACAUGGUUCUGAGUGAUACUGGUUUAAUUAAAGAAGCAUUACCAUAUGUGAGCGUAGCAAAGUGUGACAUAGACGUGAGACUUCUCGAAGAAAUUGACACGAUUCAUUAGAAUACUUGUGAUCCCCUAAAUGUAUCUUCCUUAUCGCUUAUGUAUCUACCGCCGCCGCUAUCGAUAUUUAGGAUAUUAAUGAGAUAAAUUGGAAAUACGGAAGAGCACCUAAUGACGGUUUUGCGAAAUGAUGACAAAUCUUCGAUAUGACACCAUCUGUUCAGUUUUAGUUUUAUUUUCCAUUUUAAUACACGUCAAGGCACAACCGCAGGUUAUUUCGAAUCUUCAGCAUUUACCUGAUAUUAAAUUUAAUUCAAAUGAAUAUUCGGAAUAUCCUGAUAAUGAAGAUGGAGAAUCUCUUGCGCAAUUGAAUGAGCAACAAUAUAUAAAAGAUAAUGUAUAUCUACGAGCUAAUAGCCACCUUGAUAAAGAGGAAUCGACAACAAAUAUUUUAAACAACAACAUAAAAUGGGAUGUGCAUUGGGCUGCACAAUUGAAACUUACUCAAAUGUCAGCAGUUUCUAUGGAUCCAUAUGGCAAUGUUGCUAUUUUUCAUAGAGGAAACCGUAUUUGGGGACCUGACACUUUUGACAAUGAAAACAAAUUCAAUCCAAAGAAUGGACCCAUAAUGCAAAAUACAAUUAUCCUUUUGGAUAAGAGUGGGAAGGUAAUAUUGGAGUUUGGAAAAAACAUGUUUUAUCUUCCACAUGGUUUGACUAUUGAUCAGUCUGGAAAUUAUUGGAUUACUGAUGUGGCGAUGCAUCAAGUAUUCAAGUUUAAUGCUCAAGAUAUAGAAAAGCACAUGGAAGAACGUGCACAGUUUAACUCACUAAUGACAGGUGUGUCUAGCGAUCACACUAGUGCAUUAUUUGAAAAUAGCGUACUAAAGCCAUCCAUAACUUUGGGAGAGGCUUUUGUGCCUGGUAAUGAUGAAACAAGAUUUUGUAAACCAACUGCUGUUGCUGUACAUACUAACGGUGACUUUUUUGUCAGCGAUGGAUAUUGCAACUCUAGGAUAAUCAAGUUUGAUAAGAAUGGCAAACGUAUCCUACAUUGGGGACGACAUUGGGGCAUUGGAGAGAUUGUCUAUUCGCAGUUGCCUCCACCAAACGCGUUUCUCGUCCCACAUGCUUUAGCACUUGCGAUUGAAUUGAACUACAUUUAUGUUGCUGACAGAGAAAAUGGCAGAGUAUUAUGUUUUUUUGCCAACAAUGGUACAUUUCAUAAAGAAUACCGGCACCCUGCUAUUGGUGCACAAAUUUAUAGCGUUGCCUAUGCUCGAGAAAAAUUAUAUCUAGUCAAUGGACUGGAUCCAUAUAAUCCAAUUAAUCCAGUACCAGUAAAAGGUUUUGUGCUUGAUAUCUAUUCUGGAAAUCUAUUAUCAACAUUUGCGCCCAAAGGAAACAUGGAUAAGCCACAUGAUCUUUAUGUGACAGAAGAUGGUUCCGAAAUAUACGUAGUAGAGUUAAAUAAUCACAAAAUUUAUAAAUUUCUACAAGGUGUAAAUGAUUCUACGCAUGUUGAAGAUUCGCAGUCUAUUAAACAACAUCGAUCUAAGAUCUUAAUACAGCCUGAUACUAAGGAUGCUGAUAUUGGAAAGACUAAUAUGACGAAAUUAAUUCUAGGUCUUGGCUCAGCAGCCGUUUCUUUUGUUACAAUAUGUGUCGCGAUUGCUGCCAUUGUAGCAAGAUGCCAAAAAAGAGGAUGUUUACUCACGAUGCGAAAAAGGAUGCGUUGGGAAGCCGAGAGACGGGAAAAUUUCAAACUGUCGAGCCUGUUGGAGAAUCGCCGAGGAAGGAACUUCAAGUUCCUGGAAAAGCGGCCCAACACUCGUGACUUCAGCAAAUUAAACACGGAACCGGAGACAUCGGAAGACGAGCAUCCGGAAAACAAUCUUGCGAAGGUCAUUUAAAGCGAUAUGCAUGUCGAGGCUACUAUAAACUACGUGAAUAACAGUAUUACCGAGAAUUGUCGCGCGCAAAAAUCGCCCAUCACCGUCCGACGUGAUGGCGAUCCUUCAACUGCGUUUGAAUUCUGAUUUAGCGCCGAUGACAUCGCGUCAGCUGCGCGGCCGGUAAGCAAGUAACGUCACUUUACCGACUGUCGAAUAUAUUAGUCAGGAUUGUUUGAUAUUAUCAGUCGAGUUAACACGUUAGUUAACACGCGUAACUGCAAAACCACACUAUACAUUUUGUUUUAUAAUACGUGUAUAAAUUAUUUUAUUACAUACACCGACGAAAUUUUAAUUAUAUAUUAAAGACUAUCGAUUUUAAAUAAGUUUAGUGACUACCAAUGCAAUCUAUCAAGAGUAAAUUAUGUUAGGUAAGUAAUUAAGAAGCAUUAUCAAACGUUUCAACUGCGCCGAAGAUAAUACGAGUGUUUGAAUUACUCCAAUUUUAUUAUCAUGUAUACUUUCAUAUUAUUUCAAAAAUGUAAUAAGCAUUGCUAUUUUACUCUAUUUUCAUUUAAGUAUGAGAGAAAGCGAAAAAUUGUUGAAUCCAAUGUAUUACAUUUGUUUAAAAAU